GGAACAUGAUCGACAGCCGGGCUUGAGAGGAGCGCGGAAUGGGCAAGUAACAACUCGAGUAGCGGGUCGAGGUUCGAGUUUUACUUUUGCUUUUAGUGUGUUUCGGUAGUCGAGUAGAAUUGUCGCGUUGGUAUCGUGAGCUGUACGUCGCCUUGACUGUAAGUCGUCAUUGCAAUAGAAUUCAGCGCCGCUGUGCCAUCCUUUACGAAUUAUAUAGUGGAAGGUCGACGUGUUCUAGUUCGUGGCCACAUUGUUUUCACACUGACGUGCUGGAAUUAGUGCAAAACAGGUUGAAAAUUGCUUCAAUUUCGACGUCCGAAUCAAGAAAACACAGUAAUUCGUAAAAUGAGCACCAUGAAUGCAAUUGUGGAGUCAACCAGGGCUGCCUUCAUGUCAGGCAAGACCCGACCAAUCGCCUAUCGCCGCCAACAGCUGAAAAAUGUCCUCAGAAUGCUGGAGGAAAACACUGAUGAGAUUCUAGUGGCUCUCAAGAAGGAUCUGAACAAAGGCAGAUAUGAAACACUCCUCAUGGAAAUCAAAAUGAUCAAAAACGACCUGGUUGAUUACAUUGCCAACCUUGAAUCAUAUUCCAAACCUGAAAGGCCAUCAAAAGCCUUUGCCAACUGGCUUGAUAGUCUGUACAUACUGAAAGAACCUUUUGGUGUAGUGCUAGUCAUAGGAGCCUGGAACUAUCCACUUCAGUUACUGCUUCUGCCUGUGGUAGGAGCCAUGGCUGCGGGCAAUUGCGUCAUCAUGAAACCUUCAGAGAAUGCCGUCGCCACAGCCGACUUUUUACAGAAGACAGUGCCAAAGUAUCUGGAUCAGGAGUGUUUCAAAGUCGUAUGCGGAGGCAUCCCCGAGACUACCAAACUGCUCGCUGAGAAAUUCGAUUAUAUUUUCUACACCGGCAGCGGCACAGUCGGACAGAUCGUACAUAAAGCAGCGAACAAAUAUUUGACGCCGGUUACUCUCGAACUCGGUGGUAAGAGCCCCGUCUAUAUUGACGAAUCCGCGGAUAUCAACAUUGCGAUGAAGCGAAUUCUCUGGGGGAAGUUUGUCAACGUCGGCCAGACUUGCAUCGCGCCCGAUUACAUCAUGUGCACUGAAGCGGUGGAAAAGAAAAUCCUCGCUGCUGCGCCUGGUAUUUUAGAGACUUUCUACGGUAAAGACCACAAGCAAUCCGCGGAUCUCGGCCGGAUCAUCAACGAGCGCCAGUUCAAGCGUUUGGCACACCUGGUGCAGACCAGUAAACCCGUGCUUGGUGGUGUAAUGGACAGCCAGGAGCUGUACAUUGCACCUACAAUACUCGCAGGUGUAUCACCAAACGAUCCUGUGAUGCAGGAGGAGAUUUUCGGCCCGCUGUUGCCUAUCAUGAGAGUGGCAAACCACCAAGAAGCGAUCAAUUAUAUAAACUCCGGCGAUAAACCCCUGGCAAUGUACCUGUUCUCUUCAAACGACGCGCAAAUCUGGGAGUUUCUCAAUCGCACCAGUGCUGGCGGUGUGUCUGUCAAUGACACUAUGCUGCAAUUCACCGUGGACGGUUUUCCAUUCGGCGGUGUCGGCGGCAGUGGAAUGGGUUCCUAUCAUGGGAAGUACACACUUGACACUUUCACGCAUAAGAAACCCUGUCUCUACAAGUCAUUCAACAAGAUCGGUGAAGCCCUUGCAUCCAGUCGUUAUCCACCGUACAGCGAAACGAAGAGGAAACUGCUUGAUUUUCUCGUCUCCAAACGAACCGGGUAUGGAUUUCCAUUCCUCUCGCAAUUGAUCGCAUUUGCACUGGGCCUGUGGACGGCUUAUCACUAUCAGAAAGGCACGUUCUCGUCGUGGUUUAAUUGAAACGCUUGACGACCAACAACAGAUAUCGGCGAACAAAGAGGGCGAAUGGUAGGAGGAGGCGCACGGAAAUAUUCUAUAGAAACUAUUUUUAAGUCACUCACACGUGCAAGCACACAUUAUGGUGAUACAAUACAUAACUGACGGUAGAAAGCAGCUAAUCAUUGCUUUAGGUCACUUCGAUUUACAAGUAACUUUGGUGAAUUUAACUCAUGGGUCAAAAACGUAAUAUGAUUAUCGUAUGUGUAACAUUGUGAUAAAUAAUAAAUGAUUUAUGUAUACGUGGUGAUUGUGUUGCAUUUAUAUAAGGAAUAUUUUUGUAUCGAUUUGAUGAUUAAAACGAAUCAAUAAACGCUAACGCUACUAAAAAAAAA